CGGUGGUGGCCGUUGUAGGGGUUGUGGUUCUGAUAGGAACCCUCUGAGUCACGGCCGAUCAGAGAUAUCGAGGUCCUUCACAUCUUCUACUAAGCCGACUACUCCAACUACUACUACUACUACUACUCUAACUUUUACCACCUCACACUCUUCUUCUUCCACUUUUCUUACGCCAACACCAACCCCACUGCGACAACCUCCCAAGUCGUCCUCGCCACUCGCACUUCGCAAUUGCACAUUACACAGGCGAACACUAUCGUCACUGCGCACUGUUGCUACACCAAGAAUACCCCGCCACCACACAUCCUCCCUCGCGAUACCCCGCUGGUCCAGAGGAACUCGCACCAUGUCUCUCGUCGAUGAGAAGCACGAGUGGGGUGCGAAGCGCGUUAGGGAUACUUUCCUUGACUUCUUCAAGAAAAAUGGACACACUUUCGUUCCCUCCUCCUCUGUCGUUCCCCUCUCUGACCCUACUCUCCUCUUCACAAAUGCUGGAAUGAACCAGUACAAGUCCAUCUUCUUGGGCACUGUCGACCCCGCCUCCGACUUCGCACAACUCAAGCGCGCCGCCAACUCGCAAAAGUGCAUUCGCGCCGGUGGAAAGCACAAUGAUCUCGACGAUGUCGGCAAGGACAGCUACCAUCACACCUUCUUCGAGAUGUUGGGUAACUGGAGUUUUGGAGACUACUUCAAGAAGGAGGCCAUAGGCUACAGCUGGGAGCUUCUGACCAAGGUCUAUGGCAUCGACCCCAACAGGCUAUACGUCACAUACUUCGAGGGCUCAGACGGACUCGAGCCUGAUCUAGAGGCCAAGGAGCUGUGGAAGAGCGUCGGCGUUCCCGAGGACCACAUCUUGCCUGGAAACAUGAAGGACAACUUUUGGGAGAUGGGUGAUCAGGGCCCUUGCGGCCCCUGCUCCGAGGUCCACUACGACCUGCGUGAGCCUGAGAAUGGCGUGUACAGGAAUGCCGCAAGCUUGGUGAACGAGGACGACCCAGAGGUCAUUGAGAUCUGGAACAACGUCUUCAUCCAGUACAACCGCGAGCCCGACCGAUCAUUGCGAUCUCUUCCGAACAAGCACGUCGAUACCGGUAUGGGUUUCGAGCGAUUGGUCUGCUUGUUGCAGAAGAAGAAGUCCAACUACGACACCGACGUCUUCACUCCCAUCUUCAAGGUGAUCCAGGACAUCACGGGCGCAAGAGAGUACAGGGGCAAAUUCGGUGCAGAGGAUCCCGAUGGUCUCGACACCGCCUACCGUGUGGUCGCCGACCACGUCCGACUGCUCACAUUUGCAAUUGCCGACGGAGGUGUCCCCAACAACGUUGGCCGAGGAUACGUCGUGCGUCGUGUCCUUCGCAGAGGUGCGCGCUACGCUCGCAAGUACUUCGAGGUGGAGAUUGGCGACUUCUUCUCCAAGAUCGUCCCACACCUCGUCGAACAGAUGGGUGACAUGUUCCCUGAGAUCCGCAAGAAGCAGACAGAUAUUAUGGAGAUCCUGGACGAGGAAGAGAAGAGCUUUGCCAAGUCUCUCGACCGUGGUGAGAUCAUGUUCGAGAAGUACGCACAGAAGGCCAAGGUCAAGGGAUCGAAUGACCUUCCUGGAGACGAUGUGUGGCGAUUGUACGACACUUACGGUUUCCCUGUCGAUCUGACUAAGUUGAUGGCUGAGGAGCGCGGACUUAAUAUCAACGAUAAGGAGGUCGAGGAGGCCCAAGAGAAGGCACGUGAGGCUAGCAAGGGUGACAAGAAGGCCACGGCUGCUCUUGUCAAGUUCGACGUCCACGACCUCAGCGCUCUGGAGGGCAUGACCGAGGUUCCAAAGACGGACGACUCCGCAAAGUUCGGUCGCGAGAACAUCACAUCCACCAUCAAGGCGAUAUAUCACAACAAGAAGUUCCUCAAGAGCACGAAGGAGGUCCCCGAGGGCGAACAAUUUGGUGUUCUGCUUGACCGGACAAACUUCUACGCCGAGCAAGGUGGUCAGGAGUUCGAUACUGGCCAUCUCCUCCACGAGGACGACGGAGAGUUCGAUGUUGCCAAUGUGCAGGUUUACGCCGGCUACGUCCUCCACACCGGCUACCUCAAAUGGGGAGAGUUGAGCGUUGGCUCAGAGGUCAUCUCAGAGUACGACGAGCUCCGUCGCCACCCCAUCCGCAACAACCACACGGGUACUCACGUCCUCAACUACGCUCUCCGUGAGGUUCUCGGCAACGAGGUCGACCAGAAGGGCUCCCUCGUCAGCCCCGAGAAGCUCCGUUUCGAUUUCUCGCACAAAUCUGGCAUCGAGCCCGCACAACUCGAGAAGAUCGAGAAGAUCUCGACAGAAUACAUCCGUCAGAACUCCGAGGUCUUCGCCAAGGACGUGCCUCUCGCGACUGCCCGCGAGAUCAGAGGCGUGCGCGCUGUCUUUGGCGAGACCUACCCAGACCCGGUCCGCGUCGUCUCCGUCGGAGUGUCCGUCGAAGACCUCCUCGCAGACGUCAAGAACGAGGCCUGGGAGAAGGUGUCCGUAGAAUUCUGCGGUGGCACUCACGUCAAGCAGACCGGCGAGAUCAAGGAGCUCAUCAUCCUCGAAGAGUCCGGCAUCGCCAAGGGCAUCCGCCGAAUCGUCGCCGUGACCGGCCAGGAAGCGUACGACGUGCAGCGCCUUGCCUCCGAGUUCGAGCAGCAGCUCACGCGUCUCGAGAAGCUCAAGUUCGGCGCCGAGAAGGAGGCCGAGGCGAAGAAGCUCCAGGUCCAGCUCAACCAGCUCACCAUCUCCGCCAUCACGAAGAACCAGUUCCGCGACCGCUUCGCCAAGAUCCUCAAGUCGAUCCUCGACGAGCAGAAGGCCGCCGCCAAGGCAGAGAACAAGCGCGUCCUCGACUCCAUCACGGGCUUCUUCGAGAAGAACGAGGCCGAGAAGGUCCUGGUGCAGAAGCUCGACUGGUCGUCCAAUGUCAGCAAGGCCAUCAGCGACGCCAUCAAGGUCGUCAGCGGACCCAAGAGCAGCAUCAAGGACAAGACUGUGUACCUCGUCAGUGCCAGCGAGGACGAGAAGAAGGUCGUCCACGGAUGCUACGUCGCAGAGGCAUACACCGCCGCCGGCGCCUCAGGCCCCGCAUGGGCCUCCGAAGUCGCCAAAGUCAUCGGCGGCAAGGCAGGUGGCAAGCCUGGUGCUCCUACCGCCGUCGGUCAGGGCACGAAUGCAGACAAGGUUGACGAGGGCGUCGAGAUUGCGCGGAAGUACAUUGAGGGUUUCAAGUUGUAGAUUCACACGCCCUUCAAUCGAUGUUGCAAACGAACGACGCGAAAUGGGAAAGAAAAAUGUCAAGGAAGGAAUUAAGGUACGGGCUCUCCAUCAGAUCCAAAGCGAGCCACAAUCUAGCUUAGAUUGAAACAACAUGGAAGGAUGCGCCUUCUCUGCUCUGCUCAGCUUAGCUCUGGCUUGUGUGGAAUCUCCAUUUAGGUACAGUAGU